AUUCCCUUGUUUCCCGUUCGAUUGCUUGUCCGAUUGCGCAGCGGUCGUGACAUCACCGCGCUCCUCCACCACCCAGCCCGCCCCUCUCCGCUCCCGCUCGCCGCGCCGCUGCUCGACCACCUCCUCUCCCUCCGCCGCGCACGCGACGCCGCGUCAGUGCUGCGCUGGCUCUGCCGCCCGGACUCCCCGCGGCGGCCCAACGCCGCCGCCUACACCUCCGCCGUCGCGAGUCUCUGCCGCCUCGAGGGCACCAAGAGCGCCCUCGUCGCGCUCAGGGAGAUGGCCGCGGACGGGGUCCAGGCCUCGCAAGAGCUGCGGGAGGCGGUGCGGGACGCGAUGCUGCAGGACGCGAGGAUCGAGGAGUCGUCGGCACUGGAGGAAGCGAUGCGGCUGCCGGAGACCGAGAAGGUGGUGGAGCUGGUUGACAAGCUUCUUGCGGAGUGGGAACCAUGAGCCAUUGAGGUGGAAGAACGAUGCAUGGUGCUUCCCUGCUUUGGAUGCAGAGGUUUGCCGAAAUGGCACAGCUUAUCGUGGCUUGGCUUAUUCAGAACAAAGGACAGAUUCUGCCUGUACAGACUAUAGCCGGAGGGUCUGUGAUGAACUCACAAGAGAACUUGGCUUAUUCGAAACAAAGGACAGAACUACUGUAGCCCU